CAACACUAUCAGCUAUUAAUCAACAAACAUCGGGCCAAUAGCACACAAAUCAAAAUCCUUUCUGACCUGCCCGAGACGACCUAAUUAUCACGAUCCCCUGUGUAACGAAUACAACCACGUCCGAAUCGCACCAUGGCUGGAGAUCGGAGACCCCGUCGCGACGACGGCAGAGAAAACAGCGGCGGAUUUCGGAACCGCCACGAGUCCGAUGGACGCAGGGACAGGCGAGACCGUGGCGACGAUUACCGUAGAAGAGACGACGACCGCGAUAAUAGGAGUCGUCGGUACCGGUCGCGUUCAAGAUCUGCAGACCGGGGAGGCAGCCAUCGCGACCGCCGGCGAGAUGAUCGCGAUAGGUCGCGUGACCGGGAGGGUAGAGACAGGCCUAGGAGACCACAAGACGACAACCGUGGUGAUCGGCGACGUGGUGACGAACGUAACCCGACCGACAGGGAGCGCGGCUAUAAUAGAGAUCACCCUCCGCGCGACAGAGAUAGCCGACGUUCAGCAUCACCGCGACGCCGCAGCACAAGUCCAGGACGAGACCGGCGUAACGAUCGAGAGACCGAUCUCCCCACUAGGACCAGGGGAGGAACCGAGCGAUCGGGCGCAGCCAUGUCCGUCAAAGUAGGUAGCCAAGAUGAUGAGGGAAAACACGGCCGAGAUCGCGACGAUAAGAACUUGGAUCAAGGCGACACGCCCAUGGGGCAGAAUGAUGACGACGAGGACGAUGUCGAAGUUGCGGAAGACGAUGAUGUUACUGCAAUGCAAGCCAUGAUGGGCUUCGGUGGCUUCGGCACGACGAAGAACAAGAAAAUUCUGGGUAACAAUGUCGGCGCAGUCCGCAAAGAAAAGAAGACCGAGUACCGUCAGUACAUGAACCGUGCUGGCGGAUUCAACAGGCCACUGAGUCCGACUCGGUAGAAAUCUCAGCAGGGUCUUGCGACGAAAGAUUGAUAACGACUACUAUCCUGGGAUGCGUUAGCUCUCUGCGAAUUCUUGAGAAGUCACACCUUUUUCUAAGGGGCUCCUGAAUUCUGCAGAAGCUUGACAAAUCUGCUGUGAGUAUUUAUCCAAACCCUCUGAAAUCUUUUGCUUGUCCACAUGAACCUGCUCUGGUAUGAGUAUGGUCAUGUGCGCAGACGUCUGUCAUAAAACUGCUUGAGAGAAAUGCAUACCCAUGCUCCCCUUUCCAUCUCUCGAGGUGAAGAACAGAUCACUUGUCUAUCUAUGUAUACAUACCUAGAGUUUGUCAUCCCACUUGAAGAGGACCAUGGGGUCUGCUACCCAGUAGGUCAUGCCGAAGCAACAUAGACAUGGCAUGGCGAGUUCCAAAUUCUGCUCAGUCUCAGCGAACAAUAGUGUAGAUGUAAGCAUAUCAUAUCAUCCGUGCGCAGCCCGUUGUUCAGGAAGAGAAAAGAAGAUAAAAAUAAAAAUAAGAAAGGAACAAGCCUACGUCAAACCCUUCUGCAGCUUUACUGUGGUACUUUGACUGGGAG